GUACCAAGAAAACCCACCAACGGAUUAGAUAAAAAACUUUGAAUUUCCUUAAUGACUACUACUACUCUCUUUUACUGUUAACCUAUUUUAUUUUUUCAUAUGAUAUGAUAUUUCUAACUCCUACUAUAUUAAUUCAUCUUCACCAAACAACCUGAAUUUCUCAAUCCGCCAAGGCGUACAAAAACCAUAAACUUACAUAAGAAUGGGACGAAUUCCGUGCUGCGAGAAGGAUAAUGUGAAGAGAGGGCAAUGGACUCCAGAGGAAGAUCACAAGCUUUCCUCUUACAUUGCUCAACAUGGGACGCGAAACUGGCGUCUCAUUCCCAAACACGCCGGUCUCCAGAGGUGUGGAAAGAGCUGCAGGUUAAGGUGGACAAACUACCUCCGACCCGACCUUAAGCACGGCCAAUUCUCUGAUGCUGAAGAACACACUAUUGUUACACUCCACUCCGUUCUUGGAAAUAGAUGGUCAGUAAUUGCUGCGCAGCUUCCGGGGAGAACAGACAACGAUGUGAAGAAUCAUUGGAAUACUAAGCUGAGAAAGAAGCUUUCUGGCAUGGGAAUUGAUCCGGUUACCCACAAGCCAUUCUCUCACCUCAUUACAGAGAUCGCCACCACACUAGCGCCGCCGCAAGUCCCACACUUGGCGGAGGCGGCGCUAGGUUGUUUCAAGGAUGAAAUGUUGCACCUUCUCACAAAAAAACGCAUCGGUUUCCAGCUCCACCCGACGGGUCCCACCGUGCCCGUCAAGCACGAAGACAAAGAUGGAACCAUUGAGAAGAUCAAGUAUGGCUUGUCGAGGGCGAUCCAGGAAUCAGCAGCCUCUGAUCCCAAACCCUGGGAUCAUACAGGCAAUGCAACACCCUCAAAUUUGCCAGAGACCGGUUGUGAUUUUCUAACGACAAUUGAUCAACGACAUCAUCAAUUCGGUGGUCUUCCAUGUUUGAUGCAGGAAGCAGAGGGUUCUCCGUGGAACCAAAGCAUAUGUACUGGGAGCACGUGCACGUUGAGGGAGCAACAUGGGAGGCUGCAAGAAAAAGCGGUGGACGAUGAAAAUGGCGAGUGUUCAGGUGGUGGACAGGGGAGGAGAACUGAUGACACGCCACCGCCAGGAAGUUUCCACUCUGAUUGUGUGUUGUGGGAUAUUUCUUCUGAAGACCUCAUGGGUCCUAUGGCUUGAACUUUGAACUCGGUUGAAAAACAAAAUGGAAACCAACUGAAAAUGGAAGCAUGCCUGACACUAAUAACACAUUGCAGUGGGUGAUUCUUGUAGCAUUGUUUUUUGCAUUUCUUCACGAUUUCAAAAGCACAAAAUUUAGAAUAAUCUCAACUAAUUAUUAGUGAUCUUUCAGUUUAAUCUCAAAGAGGCAUAUAUAAUUCUAAAAUAUUUUGAAAUUCC